GCUCGAGCCGGGGAUGAGGGGUGGGACUUGAGGGAGGAAGUCAAAGGAAUUCUGAGCCCUACUUUGUAGCGGUUUGGGAAGAUAGGAACGAGGCCGGAAGGAGCGGAAGGAGCGAAGGGGCGGAAGGGGCGAAUGGGCGGAAGGGGCUAAGGGGCGGGGCUGUUGGAGGAGGAGGAGGAGGAGGCCGCCUCUGCGCGACGGUAGCAGCUCCACUCCGAAAUAUCCGAUGAGACCAUUUAAACGGAUACAACUCACAGCCUUUGACUGCCAACACUUAGCCCAAAGCAGGGAGGGCUCAUUUUCUCUGACCCAGCCCUUAAGCCGAAGGUGGACAAAUAGAGAUCUGAACAGGAGACUCACUCCUAAAAUAAAGAGAGGAAACAGAGCACUGAGGUUUCAGAGACGGAUCACUGAUUUCUUCCCAGUUAGUCAACGAUCAUGCACCAAUGACAUGGCCCAAAGUGGCUCCACUGACGAAAAUAAUACUGCUGCUGAUGAAAUGGCCUUUGCUUGUGCUUUGCCUCAAGAACAUGAAGGGGAAUCUAAAGUAGAAUCUUUGGGAUCUGUUGCAACUUCCAGGAAGCGAUGUCUCUCCUUUGACCAGGAAGGAAAUGAAGUUACAGAAAGAAGCCAGUGUGGUAGUGUUGCUAAGAAAAACCUUACGGAGCAAUUACCUGUGUCAUCCACAGAUCUUGAGGAAGUGAAAUGGGAAGUGAAUUGUUUCUUCCAGGUCCCAAAGGACCCCAAACAGAAUAAGCAGGAAGAUGAAGAAAAUGGCCCUGAACCUGACCCUUAUUAUGGCCUUCUUGGAAACUUGCCCAGUCAAGAGCCUCAGUGCCACAUUUGUAGUCUUCCCAGUGAAGUCCUGAGACACAUCUUUGGUUUUAUCCCUAUGGAAGAUCUCUAUAGGAACCUAAGCCUGGUGUGCCACCUUUGGAGGGAGAUUAUCAGCGACCCACUGUUUAUUCCUUGGAAGAAGCUGUACCAUCGUUAUGUGAUGAAUGAGGAACGAGCUAUCAGUGAAGUGGAAAGUAUCCUUUUGAACUAUGCCAUAACAAAGGAAGAGAACCUGUGUUUGUUGAAUCUCAUACGAUACACAGUCAGUACUAAGUAUGUGCAGCAUGUCCAUCCUGAGGAAGCGAGGUGCUGUUUGAAGGAUCAUCCUCUCUUCCCUCAGGCAGAGGCGUGCCUUCUUCAUAAGAUGCUUGAUCUGUACAGUGCACCUGGGGGGAUCAGUGUAUGGGCCUUAAUAGCAACAAUCAUACUUCUCUCCAGCAACAUGAGUGACAUUCAGAGGCUGUUAACCUGUUUCAAGAGGCCCAGCUCUCCAGUGACCAUAUUAGACAUCACUGAGACCCUGUACUGUAUGGCGGUAUUGCUGCUUGCCAUGAGAGAGAAGGGGAUUAAAAUUAGCAACAGGAUUCAUUACAACAUUUCCUGUUGCCUAUAUCUUCAGGAGAACUCAAGAUUUCAGAACAUGGGUGUCAAAGAGGAAACCUCCGUUUUUCAAGGGAAAAAAGUAACCAUUCAGCUAACACACGAACAACAAAAGAUCCUGAACCAUGAGAUCAAACCUCUCCAGGUGGUGAAAAUUAUGGCUUUUGCAGGUACUGGAAAGACCUCAACCCUAGUCAAAUAUGCUGAGAAGUGGAUUGACAGAAAGUUUCUUUAUGUGGCAUUCAACAAGAGUGUUGCAAAACAGGCUGAACACAUCUUCCCCAGCAAUGUUACCUGCAAAACUUUUCAUUCCAUGGCCUUCAGAGACAAAGGGAGGCUGUACCAGAUAGAGAAGAAACUGAAUCCUUUCAAGCUCACACCCUUCAUGGUCAACUCUGUCCUUUCAGAAGGGAAAGCAGGGUUCACACGCGCCAAAUUAGUUUGUAAGACCUUAGAAAACUACUUUGCCUCUGCUGAUGAAGACUUGGACAUUGAACAUGUGCCCUUGUGGUGGAAGAACAGUCAUGGACAGAAGGUCAUGGUAGACCACAAUGAAAAGCAGAAUGGGGCAUAUGAAGCAGCCAGACUUUGGGAGAACAUGAAAAAGUUGGAAGAAUGCAAAGAAGAAGCUUAUCAUAUGACUCAUGAUGGCUAUUUGAAACUUUGGCAACUGAGCAAACCUUCUUUUGGUGCUUAUGAUGCCAUCUUUGUGGAUGAGGCCCAGGAUUGUACUCCAGCCAUCAUAGAUAUAAUUCUAUCCCAGCCAUGUGGAAAAAUCUUUGUAGGGGACCCUCACCAACAGAUCUACACCUUUCGGUAUGCUGUUAAUGCCCUUUACUCAGUGCCACACACACAUCUUUUCUAUCUUACACAGAGUUUUAGGUUUGGUGCUGAAAUUGGUUAUGUGGGAGCCACCAUCUUGGAUGUUUGCAAGAGAGUCAGGAAGAAGACUUUGAUUGGGGGAAACCAAAAGAGUCUCAUUAGAGGGCAAUCAGAAGGACAAGUUGCCUUGUUAUGCCGAACCAAUGCUAGUGUGUUUGAUGAAGCAGUACGAGUAACAGAAGGGAAAGCUCCCUCAAGAAUAUAUUUGAUUGGGGGAACUAAAUCAUUUGGAUUGGACAGAUUUAUUGAUAUUUGGGUCCUUCUUCAGUCAGCUGAGGAGCAGAGGAAACAAAACCUUACCAUCAAGGACAGAUUCAUCAGGAGGUGGGUGCACAAAGAUGGCUACGGUGGCUUAAAAAGGUAUGCCGUUGCUGCUGAAGACAAGGAACUCAUGGCAAAGAUUGCAGUGGUUGAAAAAUAUAAUGUCAGGAUCCCAGAACUGGUGAAGAGGAUAGAAAAGUGCCAUGUAAAUGAUGUAGGGUUUGCAGAAUAUGUUUUGGGCACCGUUCACAAAGCCAAAGGCUUGGAGUUUGACACAGUUCAGAUUUUGGAUGACUUUGUUAAAGUUCCUUGUGGCAGGCAUAACUUUCCACAGCUUCCUCACUUCAGAAUUGAGUCAUUUCCCGAUGAGGAAUGGAAUUUGCUGUAUGUUGCAGUGACUCGUGCCAAGAAAUGUCUCAUCAUGACCAAGUCAUUGGAGAACAUUUUAACUCUGGCUGGGGAGUACUACUUUCAAGCAGAGCUAACCAGAAAUGUCUUAAAAAGUGGAGAUGUACUUUGUUAUGUGAGGCAGUGCAAUAACAUUAUCCCUGCAGAGUCUAUCCUCACCAUGAAGAAACAUCCCAUCACUUAUAGUGGCAGAAAGGAAGACAAAGGGGGCUUCCUCUGCCAUGCUUGUGCAGAGCAGCGUCUUGGGCCCGUGACAUUUCUGACAGCCUCACCAGAGCUGAUAUUUACAAUGGAACAUACCUUUGAAGAGUUGGAGUUGCCCAGACAUGAAGCUCAGCUUUUCGGUGUCUUUUGAAAGCCAAGGCAAAGUUUCUCAUCAGUAUGGAACUCCUUGUCAUUAGUUUCCUGGAAAGAAGGAAUAUGAGAGUUGGGGUGGGGAAGACCAGCCUCUCACCACACCCGGAGUCUAUUAAUCUAUGGAAGAUCAACUUCAAUGGUUUCUGGAGUCCUUAGCUCCUGAACUUAGCGUCUUCUAGUGUUGGACUGUUUUCUGUUUUUAUACAUAGGCUCAGGGGUGUGUUUGAUUCUUCCAACCAGUUCCAAGAUGUUUCCUGUCUGGUACCAUUUGCCUUCAUCCAAUGGCCAAAGCCCUUAUAAUACUCUAUGAUUAAUUCAGGAUUUAUCCAUCCAUUUGUAGAACAGUUUCUUAAAACCUAUUCCUGUCGAUAAUUCUUGGAUUCAUUCAUUCAGAAGCAUUCCCACCUGCUAAAGAUAUCUGGUUUCCGAAUUCAUUUUGUUUAUACAUUAAAGCCUAAUGAUGUCUGUUAUCUUGAGAGGUCUAGGCCUUUUGUAAUUACAGUACGUGAAGUUGGUUUGGUAUCCCAACCAUCUGACAAAAGCAUAAUAGAAUCACAGGGCAGAGGCCCAGAGCAGAGCUUCUCAAGGUCCAUUAGCUUAUUUGGCACAUGUAACCAGCAGCCACUUAAGAUAGGACAUGAGAUGGCAUUGAACUCAGUAAUGAGGGAUACUGCUGAAUGUGGAUGAAGGCCACCCUCCGUGCCCAGUGCUUUAUGUAGGUGUAGGCGCCCCUCCCAUGAUUUCAAGAUUAAUGUGUCCUCACAGGCAUCCAUACUGACACUGGUUAUGACUUCACCUGACUCAGCUGACAUGCGAUGACUGCUUAUGCCAUCUUUUAAACAAAAAAUAUUCUUGUUACAAUGAAUUGCCUUUGAUUAAGGCACUUCUAUUACAGCUUAGAAAAUUAGAUUGAGUCUGUGUCUUGGGCAUCAAUUGGAUAUAUAUAUGUGUGUGUGUGUGUAUGUGUGUAUACAUAUAUAUACACAUGUAUGUGCAUAUAUGUGUGUGUGUAUAUAUAUAUAUAUAUAUAUCCCUUUCAUCAUAGAUGUGCAUAGAAUGUGGGCUGGGUGUGCCAGCAUACUGCGGGUGAGAAUUUAAUUCGCCCCUUCCUUUGCCCUUAGUUGAAGGUCCCAGAGUGUCCUCUGGGGAAGGACUUAGGCAAAUGCCCCCCAGCACACAUUCUGUCACCCAUGAGCGGCAGUCCUCUUCGGAAGGUGGAUGAGUUCUUAAAGUGGAAAGUCCACCACCUAUUCCUAAUGGUUUAGGGACUCCCAGCCGAGACGACUAGCUCAUCAGUAGGACCUUGUGCCCUUAUGAGUGGAUAGACAGCAGAGAAGGGGUGAAAUGGAAAUGAUUCAAUCUGAUAUAUUUGCCCAUAUCCUCAAACCAAAAUUAAAAUCAGGAGCUUUAUGAGAUACACACUGACUCCGGGAAGUAAUGGAGCAAUAAAUAAUAAACUUCCCCUACCUUCCAACUCCCAGACUCUGUCAGAGAGAUCAGGAACCUGUAGCCUAAGGAAAUAUUCUUGCAUAGUUACAGAAUAGGAAGGAAAGGCUAAAUAUUAAAGAUUGAGUGGGCCCAGCUUAGCAGCUCAAAGGUUCAUCAUCUUAAGUCAUCAUUGACACCCCAACUAUAAGAAAUCAGUAAAUUUUCAAAACCUGAAUAUUCCGAUUUGAAUAGAAGGGAUAUACUAAGCUAUUUUAUCUCCAACCCUGUUUUUUAUGAUGUAAGGCAGAGAAUUUGAAUUUGAAUUGUCUAGCCAAAGCAUUUUUCUGUGCUUUUGUCAUGUUACCACCAAGAACUUUCAAGCUUCAGCAGGGUUCCAAAAGUUAGUGGGAUUUGUGUACCAUGUUUUAUCCUUAAUGAUUCCUAAUGAUGAACCUUGGGUUCCCUUUCACUACCACAAUGUUGGACCCCGCCAAGAUUACAUGUAAAGGAAGAGAGUUCUUAUCCAGGGCUGUCUAGAAGUCCAAAUUUCAUUCCAUUAAAUUAGGGCACAGACGGGUCUUUUAUGAUAUAGGAUGAUGGAAAUCCAUUUCUAACCCUACUAACUAAAAGUCAGUGUGGUUAGAUUGAUGGUAACUUAAAACAGCAAUUUAUAAGCACUUUCCCCAACUGUUUAAUUAGCAUAACUAGCUCUAACAUCUGCUAGAGUUCUAUUUAUGUCAUCAGAGGACUUGAGAAAUUUAUGAUUUGUCUUGAUGAUCCAAUAAUAUUAAGCACCUACUUUGUGCAAAGCAUUGUGCUACUUUGGCAUGGGGUACAUGAAGACAAAUCCCAAGGUACUUAUUCUGUUGAAGGAGGGGAAAUAAAACGAAAGAUGUUUAGAACAAAGGAAAUUGAAAUAGUGAGCAAAUUUCAACCUUCAAAAGGGGGAGAAGCAAUGAAAGAAACCAAAUACCAUCUCAAAAGAUGAAACAGGUUAUAGUUUAGCAGAUAAACAGUUGUUAGUAAUGUGGAUGUUAUUGGUGACCCCACUGUAUGUGCAUACUCAGAACAAAGAGAAUAAAUAAAAAGCACGAAUAAUAAAAAGAUUUGCCAUAGUAUCAAAACAAGUCAUUGCUGAACUAAACAAGUAUUUGACAAUGAAAAAUCAAAAAUGUACAACAGAAAAAACAGAUCUUUUAAUUUUUUUUUUUUUAAUAGAGAAGUUUGACCAAUAUAAAGCUAUUUCCAUGAGACCCAAAAAGCUGAGAAAGUGCCUUUGGAAGCAAACAUUUGGCUUGUUUGCAAGUGGGAGAAAUGACAAGCAAAGGUUUUGAAUAUUAAUUUUGUAAAAUCUUAAGAAGGAUGAUAGUGAAACAGAAGCAGUAUCAUCUCCUAAAACAAAAUCAGUGAAAGGGAAAAAAGUUUAAAAAAUUUUUGACAGGAAAUCCAGCCAAGUCAAGUCAUCCUAAGAGAAAAAAAGGUGGAAAAGCUCUGGGAAGCUCAUUAUAACGAACUUUUCACCUCAAGAAUAGUUGGAGCACCAUACUUUGACCCAAUCAUCACAGCCCUAUGGUAGGAAGAUAGAAAUGGGGGAAGAAAACUUUUCAAAGAUUGGAAGAGCAGCCAGAUUUGACCAAGUACAUAUGAUCCAUACUAGAGGCCAAGCAAUUGUGAGAGUUUUAAAGGAUUGAUGUACAAGGUAUUUAAAGAAAUACAAAAAAAAGUGUGCCCAAAAAACUCAGACCAAACUCAUCAGAAAAAUGAAACUCGAAGAAACAGCAGCUACUGACCAGUCUGCCUACUCAUGUAGACAAAAUCUUGAUGAGAAUCAUUCAUAUGUAAAUCAAUGAAGGUAUUAGUAGGGAAAAAGCAGUCUUUCUCAAGGUUUCAUAUACAUAUUUGUAGUACUUUUUUGUGGUAGCAAAGAACUGGGAACAAAAGUAGGUGACCAUCAUUUGGGAGAAUGAUUAAACAAAUUGUGGUUCAUGAAUGUCAAAGAAUAAAAAGUUAAACGAAAA